AUGCAGAUGUUGUAUGAGAGUUAAGCGCAGAACCAAUACAUUGAGUACGCUUUAAGAGGAGAAAUCCAAACAGAUCACAUAGGAUAUGAUGAAAAGAAGGAAAAUAAGUAGAUUACAUGGAAAAUAUUAAAAGCCUUAAUUUUAAUAAUUAUUUAAAAUCUAAAUUUAAUUCUAAUAGAAAACUGGAAUUUGCAACAAUUGAUCUUAUUUUUUGCUAUUUUGUGGAGACAAGUAUUGCAAUUUAAAGAAUUGAUGGCUCACUCUUUGAAAGCGAAGUGUGAGUUAAGAGAAAUUCUGAUUUGGUUUGUAUUGAUCACUCUAUCAAUUUGA